CUACCUUGAGGAAACGCAAAGCUUCAAACAAACAAAUUAACAUCACAUACACAGAGAGAGAGAGAGAGAGAGAGAAAGACAGAGAGAUUAAGCGAGAGAGAUGGCGGCAGUGGCAUACCAGCACUUCAGCCACGAACAUCCCCUGAGCUUUGAGGCAUCGCUAGGGGCAACAUGCUCUGGCUGCAAAUUUUCCAUUGACUACGGAUCAGCCUUCAUUUGCUCCAAAUGCGACUUCUGCCUUCACGAUCUAUGCUUCAGAGCCCCACGCUCCUUCACCCACAGAAUUCACGCAAAUCACCCUCUCAACCUCAUUGCCUACCCGACUUACCAUACCAAGUUCUUCAACUGCGAUGUCUGCAAAGAGGACGGCUACGGGUUUUCCUAUAGCUGUGGCAUCGGUAAGAUCGAUGUCCAUGUCCAUUGCGCUCUGGCUGGAGGAUUCUCGGAGGAUUAUAAACCAUCAUAUGAAGUUGUGAACGACCCACCGCUCAUUAACCCUAACCCUAGUCCGACGCAUAGUGGGGACGGUAAACAUUCACAGUCACAGGUCGACCAAACAACAGAUUAUAAGAGUGACACAGCUAGUUCUGAUGCUCAUGAAUUUGCUGCUGCCAAACCUCGUAUCCCGCAAGAGAAUGAUCCAAAAGCAGCUCCUAAGAAUACCGACCCACUACUUCCACAGCCCGACCAGCCAAUUACAGAUCAUCCUCAGUUUCCACCAGUUCCUAAUAUUCCUGCAAUUGAUGAUGAUAAAUCUGAUGUCAAUUCUGAUCAAAAACAACAAGACGAUUCUCCACCAAAUCAAACAGAUGGAGCUCUUUCUUCGCAGAUUGAUCAUGAGUAUCAACUAGAGCCUAAAACUGAAGCUCUUGGAUCUCUUGCAAUUGCUCCAGAACCAAAAUCCUCUUCACAGGACGCUGAAUCUUGGGUGAAAUCGACUCCUAAUCCAACGACAAAAGUAACACAAGUUAGUGAAAAUCAAGCAAUACUGUCGCAAGAUCUGAAGAAGCAGUACUUCAGCCACCACGUUAUGCACUCCUAUAAUGUGCCGGAGGAGGAGGAGGAUCGUGUUCGUUGCUCCGCCUGCAACAAAUCCCUCUCUGUCUCGGGUUAUAGGUGCAACUUCCACGUACACGAGUCAUGUCUUGACAAGGCAAAACAACAAGGUUCAAUUGAAGAAGAAGAAGAGUCUCUUGCCAUUGAAACUAUAACUCAUGAAUCUGUUGCCACUAAAGUCAUCACCGGUAAAGUAGUUAGAGAAAUAACUAUACGACGGAUCUCUUCGGAAAGCGAUCAAUCUAAUCCGAAUCACCAACAGACUCUGCGCCAUCGUAAAGUAUUGAAAGAAGGGGAAGCGUCUGGAGAACAUUCCGUAGACGCCUCGGAUGACUCAGUCGAUCCCGAAAUAACCAAAAUGGUCCAACUGGGGUCUGCAGCCACUGAAACCAUAGCUCAUGAAUCUGUUGCCACUAAAACAGAACCCGGAAAAUCACGUACAAGAAGAAUGGUACGACGGAUCAUUCCUGGAAAAAAAUGAUCAUCUCAAUUGACUCAGUCGAGCAUGAAUGAAAAUCUUUUAUGGUGCUUUACUUUGUUGCUUCGCCUUUGGAUUUGCUGUCAUAAUAUCACUUAUUUAAGUUUUGUUCAGUUUUCAAGUCUUCUUUUUGUCAAUUGGUUUUGAGUCAAGUCCUACUGUUGUUGUUGUUGUUGUUGUUCUAAGAAGUCUUCUUGUUGAAUAAAUUUGUUGGGAGUGUUGUGAAUUUAAAUAACCCAAGUUUUUGGGAUCCUUUCUCCAGUUGAAAUAUAUAGAUACAAAUAUUUCUGGAAUAA